AUGUUGGGACAGCAGAGGUAUCGGUCGGCAAGCGGUGAUGACGACUCGGAGCCCAACAAGAGCCACAAGACGAACCAUGGCCAGUCCGCCCCAUCAUCUGCGAGGGUGCGGCGUGCAGCACGAGCAUGUGAUAGAUGUCGUUCCAGCAAGCUGCGAUGUGCUGCUCCAGACCCAUCCACUGAUGGGACGCGUUGUGCACACUGCGUGAAGAUGGAUUUGCAAUGUGUUUACACCAACCCGCUACCGUCACAUGCUGGGCCCAACGCGGAACCACAGAGCCGCGGGGGGGAUGAUGACAGGCUUUUACGGCUCGAAGCCAACGUUGUCAAACUCUUGGACCUCAUGGGCCAGAAGACUGGAACCAGAGAUGAACGUGGGAGUGGUGGGGAGCCCACUGAGCACUCCGUUCGAGGAGAUUCCCAUGCACAUCUGGUUCAAACCGAACCUAUCGACAAGGCGUCCGACCCGCCGGCGAACUCUCGCUCGACACUGGAGGCGCUGAGUCAUCUCGCCGCCAUCGACGACCCACUACCGGUGACCAGCGCAACAGACUUCGAUGCGUGGCUUACACCACCGUCUGAUCCAGUUGACAACGGCCCAUCACAGGACAGCGGCUCCAACUUUGUUUUCGAUUCGCUCGUGACCGCGGCGGCGGGCGAAUCGGACCUGCAAUUCCCAACGACUCUCCAAGCUGGACGACAACAACGCGUCGAGUCCAUUCCCACUGUGCACUCGGUGUCUCCCAACACGUCAUGCGAUGCACGGAAGACGCCCGGGUCUUUGCAUGACGGACACCACACGUCGUCCGAGUACAAUGCGGCGCAAGCUCGACCGAUCCCCAAGGCCGGCGUCGGGAGUCGAAUGGCCGCCUUCACCGAGCCGUCAUCUCACGAGGCCCCGUUUCGCCCUUUGACGUACAAUCCAGAUACCUUCCGCAACGCUGAGAUGUCUGGUCCCAGCCGCGAGGAGAACAGCAAUGGUAUAUAUGACGACGACGGCAGUCGGGCUCAAGGUGGCAGCACGCCAAAGCGCGGUCGAGGUGACCCUAUCGACAGAGGAAUCUUUGUUGAAGAGGAAGCAAGAGCACUGUUUGACUUUUUCCUUGAGCAGAUCGCGUUCUUCAUGCCAAUCUUUCAAGAGCCCAUGACCUUCGAUUUUGUGCGCCAUCGAUCCUCAUUCCUGCUGUCCACCAUCCUGGCCAUUGCAGCCAAAUACAACAGUACAUCCACCACCCGUCACAAUGCGACAGGCAGUGGGGCAGCCGAGUCCUUUGGAUGGGACCCCCUAGGCAGCUCUGGAAGGAACGGAGUGAAACCAGUCGACGAGGACAAGUGGUUUGAGAUCCGCUCGCUGGCGCUGUCCAGCUACUUUCAAGCACUGAUUUCGAAAGUUCACUGUCUAGAGGAUGUUCAAGCGAUUCUCCUCCAAUGUGCAUGGGGUCUACAGGACCGUGGCGCAUCGCCGGACCCUUGGAUGAUGACUGGGUCUGCAUACCGACUGGCAAGGCGAUUAGGCAUUCACCUCGCCGCCGGAGCUUUGCUUUCGGGGUCUGCUCAGCCCACGGCCAGGGUGGUAGCGAGCUUGAAGACCUAUAUGUGUCUGUAUGCUUUUGACCGCUUUUUCACUGUUGGUUUUGGAAGACCAGAGACGGAGGGCUUUGACGAGUCGGCUAUCGACACUUCGUUGCUCCUCUCCGUCCUCCACUCGUCCAAUAACUCGAACAACUUUGCCCUGCUGUGCUCACCAGAGUCGGCUGCUUGUGUCGCAGCAUACGUCGAGCUGGCAAACAUUGCCAAGCAGUAUAGCCGGUUCGUCAAUGUUCUCCUUAAAGAAGCGCCCUCGACGUUUCUCAGCGAAAUGCGGAACAUUAGCGGGCGAUUGGAUGCGUUCUCAAGCAGGUGGCUCUGGGCUCGAUCACCACUGUCUGCCAAACUUGGCCUCUCUGGAAGGCCCAUCAAGAUGCUUUACAACCAUAUACGCCUGUGCUUGCACUCUGUUCCACUUAAGCCGAUCUCGCAUCCCGACAGUGAGAUGUUCCUGCAACGCACUGGAUUGCAGGGUGCGGCCGGCUCAGAUAUCCUAGCCAAGUGCUUGAAAAAGGCUCAGGACUGCGCUGUGGGCAUCAUCCAAGAUUUUGCAGACGACUCUCGUGACGACAACGAGACGGUAUUAUGUUACGGGUUCGAUUACGCGUUUAUGGUCCUCGCCCACUCGGCCGCUAUUCUGCUGAGCAUGACAACAAUCAGCGUAUGUGGUAUCGGCACAUCACCAUCGACAUAUAUGCCUAGCACACCCUCCGCCUCAGGUCGACCAGCUGGUGGCAUGGACAGUAACGCGGCAAAACGCUAUUACGAAAUGGCCAUCACGGCGAUGGUGGACUCCAAUCGCUCUGCCAACUUCUUCCCGUGCGACAUGGCGUGCAACCUCGGCCUCAUUGCCCAGGAGAUGGGUAUCUCGGUAGCCGAGUGGAUGAGUGACAACCAUGGCUGCAGAGUUGGUCGACACGACCAGUGCGCCUGUAGCCGCAGAGACCAGGGUGGAGAUUCGGCAGUGGAUUUCGGAUUUCUCUUUGACAUUGAUCAGUUCCUGCAACCUGGCUUUCUGGAAGACGGUAGCUUGUUUAGUAGUACCUUACUCAUGUGA